CCACGCUUUCAUUGGCGCGGGUGAAAAGAGAGGUCCAAUCCUAAAUGCGUGAACCUGAUUUUGUAUUACAAAUUGAGAGAAGGUGGUGGAAGAGCUGAUCGAUUGCUGCUAGUGCUAUGGCCAACCGAUAGCAUAACCAUAAUUUAUCAUUUCUAUUCCAUCCAUAGCGUCUACCGCUAACAAUUCAGAUUAUCAUGGCUUCUCUUCUUCUCACUGGUUAAUAUAUACUGAUGAUAACUACUAGCAAUAUUUACACUAAGUGUGGGAUGGUAGGAGUAUCACAUUUCCCUUGGGGGCAUAUGAAAUCCACCGUCAAGACAAAAUGGGUUUAUUCUUGUUUACCUGCAUUUACAAGCAUAAAUAAUUUCGCAGGGCAAAGAUUUAUAUAUAAGACGUCAUCUGAAGUUCUUUUUGAAAGGGAAAGCAAUGCUGUCACAGAUGGACGAUUGCAAAAUUUCCCAGUGUCUUCAUACGAAACUGCCAUGGAAAAAAUUUCCUCUCUUAUUACUCGCCAAAGGCGUGGGGAAAAGCCACCGAUUUCCAACAAAUUAGAAAUAAUGUCAUUGUAUCUCAAGAUAUUGGGUUUGGAUGAAGAUAUAAAUAAGCUCAACAUUAUUCAUGUGGCAGGCACAAAGGGGAAGGGUUCAACAUGCAUAUUCUGUGAGGCAAUAUUAAGGGAGUGUGGCUUUCGCACAGGAGUUUUCACAUCCCCUCACCUAAUUGACGUGCGUGAACGAUUUCGUAUAGACGGGAUUGACAUAUCUGAAGACAAGUUUUUACAGUAUUUCUGGGAUUGUUGGAACCGAUUGGAGGAAAAUACAACAGAGCAGCUUUCAAUGCCACCACUAUUUCUGUUUCUUACUAUAUUGGCCUUCAAAAUAUUUAUCUCUGAACAGGUUGAUGCUGCCAUAAUAGAAGUUGGUCUUGGAGGCAAAGAAGACUCAACUAAUGUGAUUAAAGAACCUACUGUUUGUGGCAUUACUUCUCUAGGCAUGGAUCAUACUGAGAUAUUAGGAGAUACUCUUGGACAGAUAGCUUCACACAAGGCAGGGAUUUUUAAGCCUAAGGUACCUGCCUUCACAGUACCCCAACCUCCUGAAGCAAUGGAUGUUAUCCUUGAGAGGGCCAAAGAACUAAUGGUUCCACUGGAAGUGACUGAACCUUUCGAUUGUAAACAAAUGAAGGGAUUAGAGCUUGGUUUAUCUGGUGAUCACCAAUUCUAUAAUGCUGCUCUUGCCGUCUCACUUUCUAGAUGCUGGCUUCAGAGAACAGGGAACUGGGGAAAAAAAUAUCAAAAGGAUUCUAAUUUGCCAGAUGAGUUUAUUAGAGGACUUUCAACUGCCCAUUUUUCUGGAAGGGCUCAGAUUGUUUAUGACUCUUCUCCAAAUUCUGACUGCUCAGAAAUCUUGUCUAAAAAUUGUGGUGGAGAGUUGAUAUUUUAUUUGGAUGGAGCUCAUAGUCCAGAGAGCAUGGAGACUUGCGCAAAGUGGUUCUCUAAUGCCGUAAAAAGAUAUGAAAUUUCAUCACAUUCAUCUUUUGAAGUAGAAAAUGCAGAGGAAUCUUUAGAAAAUGGUCACUUCCUACAUGAAAGCAAGACAUUGGAGCAGCUGGAGAAAUCUUUUAGGCGGAUUCUUCUAUUCAAUUGCUUAGAUGUGAGAAAUCCCCAUAUUUUGCUUCCACGGCUGGUAAAUACAUGCGCUUCUUCAGGUAUUUAUUUCUCAAGAGCACUUUUUGUCCCAAAUAUGUCAAAGUAUAGUAAGGUUACUUCUGGUGCAUCAGUUAUUUCUUCUGAUCUCAAUGGCAUAGACCUAUCAUGGCAAUUUAACCUCCAAAGAAUCUGGGAGAAGAUUACGCACGGGAAAGAAAUGACCACUUUGCUUGAAAAGGAUUUCAAGAUAGAUAACAAGGAGAUCUUACCACCUCAUGAAUUUCUUUACGAUGAUGCUUCAAGUGGCUGCCAUUCUCAUAACUAUCUGGCACGCAGUGCAGUAAUUCCUUCAUUGCCAUUGACAAUAAAAUGGCUGCGGGACUGUGUUAGAGACCAUCCUUCCACAAGACUUCAGGUUCUUGUCACUGGAUCACUGCAUCUUGUUGGAGAUGUACUAAAGCUCUUGAAAAGAUGAUUUAAAUUGAAGAAUAUAAGUGCCUACCUUGGCUCUGGAAACUUUUAUUGCACCAAAGAAUUGCCAUUCUUUCAAUCAUUUAAGCAGAUACUGAGCUCAUGUAAUUGCUCAAUGGUGUGACAAUAUUUCAUUCUUUACAAAUAUGAGCAAUUUUAUGUGCAUACUACUUUUCAGUUUUCA